AUGGCUUCCAAGUACUAUGCUCAGACCGUUUCUUCUGGUUCCGUCAAGGGUGGCGGUCUCACUCGGAUUGCUUCUGUCCAUUCAGGUGGCUCAUGCCGAGUCCCAAGCCUUGCUUUUGGUAGCAGAAGUGUUUCUUCCUCUUCCAUUAAGCUGGGAUGUGGGAACUACAUGCCCAGCAUUUGCCCACCAAAUGCUUCCUUUGCCCCUUUCCUUUCUGGAAAUAAUGGCUGGCAUGAUGAGGGAAUCCUCAAUUGCAACGAAAAAGAGCUGAUGCAGUGCCUCAAUGACCGGCUAGCAAACUACCUGGAGAGAGUAAGGUGCUUGGAGCAGGACAACGCCAACCUGGAAUGCAAGAUCAGAGAAUGGCAUGAAUGCCAAGCACCCUAUGAAAGUACUGACUUCCAUUCACACUACAAGAUUAUUGAGGAACUCCAACAUCAGAUACUGUGUGCCAAGACGGAAAAUGCCAGGCUGGUUUUGGAAAUUGACAAUGCUCGCCUAGCUGCUGAUGACUUUAGGACCAAGUAUGAGACUGAACUGGCUCUUCGCCAGUGUGUUGAGUCAGACAUCCAUGGACUGCGCAAAAUUCUGGAUGAAAUGACCUUGUGUCGGGCUGAUCUAGAAGCUCAGCUUGAAUCCCACAAGGAGGAGCUUCUUUGCCUCAAGAAGAACCAUGAGGAGGAAGCAAAUGCCCUGCGUUCAAAACUUGGGGCCAGAGUUAAUGUGGAGGUGGAUGCUGCUCCAUCCUGUGAUCUGAACAAGAUGCUGGGUGAGAUAAGGAAUCAGUAUGAAUGCCUUGCUGAAAAAAACCGCAGGGAUGUUGAGACCUGGUUCUCUUCCAAGAUGGAAGAGUUGAACCAACAGGUGCUCUCCAGUGAUGAAGAGCUGCAGAAUUGCCAGUCAGAGAUAAUUGAGUUGAGACACACCAUGCAAGCACUUGAGAUUGAUCUGGAUGCCCAGCAAAACAUGAAAAAUGCUCUUGAAUGCACCCUGCAUGAAACUGAAGCCCGCUAUAGCACCCAGCUAGCACAGCUUCAAUGCAUGAUCAGCACCAUAGAAGGCCAGUUGGGUGACCUCCGGAAUGAUAUGGAACGGCAAAGCCACGAAUACAAGAUUCUCCUGGAUGUCAAGACUCGCCUGGAAGCAGAGAUUUCAACGUACAGGCGUCUACUGGAGGGAGAAGAUCACAAGUUUCCCAGAGUCCCAAGUGUGCCAGAGUGUCCCCCACCAGUCUCUGCUCCAGCCCCCCAUAUCACGAAGAAAAUCCGCACUAUUACGGAGGAGAUUAAGGAUGGAAAGGUUAUAUCCUCUAGGGAACAAGUCCAGCAUGUGGCACUCUAG